AUGAGUGAAUCCGGGGACAGCUCGCGCCACAGCUUCAGCACUGGCGCCUCCAGCGCGGCCAGCGACACGUCGGACGCGCGUGCGCUCGACGCACUCGAGGAUCGCGCGGCUGAUGGCGACGGCGAGAACAUCAAUGAUUCCAUCUCGGGGGCUCGCGGGGUGUCUGAGGCGAUCUUUGCGACGCUGGUACUGCUGGGCAAGAACCGCAGCCAGCAGGACCUGCGAUGGGUGGUGCUGCGGAUUGUGCUGGAGUUCCUGCAAAUGUUCCGCGUCGUGUUCAACACGGAGUUCUUGUGA